GGGGCGGGUCCCUGCAACUGCAGUGAAUGUGUAAAAAUAAAAAAAUGAAUUUAAAAUGUUUUUAUUAAAAUUAUAUAAAUUGACAAUUAAGUGAUUAUAUAUAAUUAAUUAAUUAUCAUGCUUAUUCGCUCAUUGUUGUCUAGUGUUUUUAAUCAACUACUAUUGUGCUUAUAAAUAAUAAUAAUAAUAAUUAAAUUCAAGUGUGAUUAUUGUGCUACGUAAAUAAUUAAAAAAUAGAAAAAAAAAAAAAUUAUCAAUUGAAGAAAAAAGGCGAUUAUAUAUAUAUCAGAACCCGCCCCAUUGAAAGAAAAAAAAAAAAUUGAAAUAAUUUUUUUUUAUUAUUUUUCGUAUCUUUAUUAAUUCUGCUGCAUUCAAAUGAGAUUAAUGAAAGUCUGGAAUUGUGCAUAUAAAAUUAAGGAUUGAUACUCGUCAAACGUCGGACAUGAAAAAUCUCGGUACACGUUGGACUGGUCCCAACAUACCACGCACUGCCGCAGCGCGUACGUCUAUAAUCGUCGCGAUUUCAUCAAAAAAUUUAAAUAAAUAUAAAAAAUUAAAUUCAUAUAGAGAAUAUAAAUUAAGUAUACCAAUAAUAUAUAAAAAACGGUGUUGGACGUGUUGUAAAUACGUCAAGGAAAAAAAAAAUUGGUUUUAUAAUAAUAUUAUAAAUAAACCAAAUUAUUUAUCCGUCCGUAAUAACAAAAAUUAUAAUAAAAAAACAGUUAAUUCAAAAUUUAAAUAUCACAGUAUUAUUGAUAUUAUCAAACUACAUAUUAUAACAUCAAGUUAUAUUCAUCGUUUUAAUUAUAUCACAAACAAAACUCAUUACCGUCAUUUCAGGAAGUGUUAGCACCUACCACAAGGAAGGUGCCUUAAUUGUGCGCAGCGUAGACAAUGUCCGACGAUUCUAGUUCUAUAUCAGAAGACCGAUGUUUGUUCCGUCCGUUCACUCGAGAAUCCCUAAUUGCAAUAGAAAAUCGCAUUGCCGAAGAAGAAGCUAAAUUUAAAGAGCUUGAAGCUAAACGAGCAGCAAAUGAGCCACGUUAUGAUGAUGAUGAUGAAGAUGAGGGUCCACAGCCAGAUCCAAUGUUUGAACAAGGAGCACCAAUUCCAGUCCGAUUGCACAACGAAUUUCCACCUGAAUUGGCUUCAACACCUCUUGAAGAUAUUGACAGUUUCUAUCACAAUCAAAGAACAUUCGUGGUCAUCAGUAAAGGGAAGGACAUAUUCAGAUUCUCGGCAACGGAUGCGUUAUGGAUGCUUGAUCCAUUUAAUCCAUUACGACGAGUGGCAAUAUAUAUACUGGUCCAUCCACUAUUUUCACUCUUCAUCAUCACAACUAUUUUGACUAAUUGCAUACUCAUGAUUAUGCCUGGUACACCCACCAUUGAGUCCACCGAAGUCAUAUUUACGGGCAUCUACACAUUUGAAUCUGCCGUUAAGGUGAUGGCGAGGGGUUUCAUUCUGCAGCCUUUUACCUAUCUUAGAGAUGCAUGGAAUUGGCUCGACUUCGUAGUUAUAGCUUUAGCUUAUGUGACGAUGGGAAUAGAUCUAGGCAACCUUGCUGCUCUGAGGACAUUUCGAGUCCUUCGAGCCUUGAAGACUGUCGCUAUUGUACCAGGUCUGAAAACAAUUGUUGGAGCUGUGAUAGAAUCAGUUAAAAAUCUACGUGAUGUGAUAAUUUUAACAAUGUUUUCCUUGUCUGUAUUUGCACUGAUGGGAUUACAAAUUUAUAUGGGUGUAUUAACACAAAAAUGUAUUAAAAAUUUUCCCGAAGAUGGAUCAUGGGGUAAUUUAACUGAUGAAAAUUGGGACAGAUUUUGUAAAAAUGAAACAAAUUGGUACGUUGAUGAUGGUGGAAAUAUGCCACUUUGUGGUAAUUCAUCAGGUGCUGGUACAUGUGAACCUGGUUACAUAUGUCUACAAGGUUUUGGUCCAAAUCCAAAUUAUGGUUAUACUAGUUUUGAUACAUUUGGUUGGGCAUUAUUGUCAGCAUUUCGUUUGAUGACACAAGAUUAUUGGGAAAAUUUAUAUCAACUUGUAUUGAGAUCAGCUGGUCCAUGGCAUAUGUUAUUUUUCAUUGUAAUUAUAUUUCUUGGUUCAUUUUAUUUAGUUAAUUUGAUUCUUGCUAUUGUUGCAAUGUCAUAUGAUGAAUUGCAAAAAAAAGCUGAAGAAGAAGAAGCUGCUGAGGAAGAGGCAAUAAGAGAAGCCGAGGAGGCGGCAUUGGCGAAAGAGAAUAAACUCGCGGCGCAGGCUGCUGCGCGUGAAGCUGCGGCUGCCGCUGCAGCAAGUGAUGCGAUCGUCAAGUCGCCUUCCGAUUUCUCUUGCCAUAGUUAUGAAUUAUUUGUUGGACAAGAAAAAGGAAAUGAUGAUAAUAAUAAAGAACGUAUGAGUAUUAGAUCAGUUGAGUCUAUUGGUGAAUAUAGACUCAGACAAAUUAAUAAUAAUCAUACUAAUGCUGCUAAUAAAGUUCGAAAAGUUAGCGCUGCAAGUCUUAGUUUACCUGGUUCACCAUUCAAUUUACGAAGAGGUAGUCGUGGAAGUCAUCAAUUUACAAUAAGAAAUCCUCGAAGUAGAUUUGUUGGACAAUCUGGUGGUGAUAGAAAACCAUUGGUAUUAUCAACGUAUCUUGAUGCACAAGAACAUUUACCAUAUGCUGAUGAUUCAAAUGCUGUAACACCAAUGUCUGAAGAUAAUGGUACAAUUGUUAUGCCAGUAUAUUAUGCAAAUCUUGGAUCAAGACAUUCAUCAUAUACAUCACAUGCAUCAAGAUUAUCAUAUACAUCACAUGUUGAUUUAUUAAGUGGUAUUGGUAAUGGUAGUAGACCAAUGACUAAAGAAAGUAGAUUAAGAAUAAGAUCAGCAAGACCAUCUGUUAAUGGUCAUCAACCAGAAAUGAUUACAACACAACCAAAACAACAUCAUCAUGAACUUGAAAUGGAAGAUCCAUUGGGUAAAAAUAAACAACAAGAUAAUCCAUUUAUUGAACCAUCACAACAACAUGCUGUUGUCGAUAUGAAAGAUGUUAUGGUGUUGAAUGAUAUUAUUGAACAAGCUGCUGGACGGCAAAGUAGAGGAUCAGAUCAAGGAGACGACGAUGAAGAAGGACCAACAUUCAAGGAAAAAUUAAUUGCUGGAUUUAUACGUGGUAUUGAUAUUGUAUGUGUAUGGGAUUGUUGUUAUGCUUGGUUAAAAUUACAAGAAUGGAUUGCAAUACUUGUAUUUGAUCCAUUUGUUGAAUUAUUUAUAACACUUUGUAUUGUCGUAAAUACAUUAUUUAUGGCACUUGAUCAUCAUGACAUGGACAAGGAUAUGGAAAAAAUUUUAAAAUCUGGAAAUUACUUUUUUACUGCAACAUUUGGUAUUGAAGCUGGUCUUAAAUUAAUGGCAAUGAGUCCAAAAUACUAUUUUCAAGUUGGAUGGAAUAUAUUUGAUUUUAUUAUUGUUGCAUUAUCACUUGUAGAACUUGGUCUUGAAGGUGUACAAGGUCUAUCAGUUUUACGUUCAUUUAGAUUGCUUCGAGUAUUUAAAUUAGCUAAAUCAUGGCCAACAUUAAAUUUACUUAUUUCAAUAAUGGGUAGAACAGUUGGUGCAUUGGGUAACUUGACAUUUGUACUUUGCAUUAUUAUAUUUAUAUUUGCUGUUAUGGGAAUGCAAUUAUUUGGUAAAAAUUAUACUGAUAAUGUCGAUCGUUUUCCUGAUGGUGGUUUACCAAGAUGGAAUUUUACUGAUUUUAUGCAUUCAUUUAUGAUUGUAUUUCGUGUAUUAUGUGGUGAAUGGAUUGAAUCCAUGUGGGAUUGUAUGCUAGUUGGUGAUGUAUCAUGUAUACCAUUUUUCUUGGCAACUGUUGUCAUUGGAAAUUUAGUUGUACUCAAUCUUUUCUUGGCUUUGCUUUUGAGUAAUUUUGGUUCAUCAAAUUUAUCGGCACCAACAGCUGACAGUGAUACAAAUAAAAUAACAGAAGCUAUUGACAGGAUUGAUCGUUUUAUUGCUUGGACAAAAAGAAAUAUUGCUGAUAUAUUUAAAAUGAUGAAAUCAAAAUUGACCAACCAGAUAUCUGAUCAGGCGCCAGGUGAGGGACCAUCCAACAGUUGGAAAGAAGAUGGGUUAGAAAUUAUUUAUAAAUGUGCAGAUGGAAUUGAUCGUGAUGGUGAUCGAGAUCUUGCAGAUGGUGAACUUGAUGGAUACAGAGAUAAAAAAAGUGCUAAAGAAUUGCAUAAUCAGCUGGAAGUUGCAAUUGGUGAUGGAAUGGAAUUUACAAUUCAUGGUGAUUUGAGAAAUAAAUUAAGAAGAGAAAGAUUAAGUAUGAAUAAUACAAAAGCCAUUGGUAAUUCAAUUGACUACAGAUUAGAUUAUUUAAAUCAUGAUGACGACACAAUAAGUAAUAAAUCAUAUGGAAGUCAUAAAAAUCGAGGAUUUAAAGAUGAAAGUCACAAAGGAAGUAUGGAUUCUUUAGAUGGUGAAGAAAAAAAAGAUGCCAGUAAAGAAGACCUAGAUCAAGAAGAUCUUGAGGAUGAAGGUGAUAAAGGAGAUGAAGAAGAUGAAGAAGAAAUGGAAGAUGGUGAUGUUAUAAUACAAGCUGAUGAAGAUCCAAUUGCUGAAGAUGCACCAGCUGAUUGUUGUCCAGAAAGUUAUUAUAAAAGAUUUCCAUUUUUAACUGGUGAUGAAGAUGCACCAUUUUGGCAAGGAUGGGGAAAUUUAAGAUUAAAAACAUUUCAACUUAUUGAAAAUAAAUACUUUGAAACAGCUGUUAUAACAUUAAUUUUACUCAGCAGUAUGGCACUGGCUUUAGAAGAUGUACAUUUACAAUCAAGACCAAUACUUCAAGAUAUUCUAUACUACAUGGACAGAAUAUUUACUGUUAUUUUCUUUUUGGAAAUGUUAAUUAAAUGGUUAGCACUUGGAUUUCAAAAAUAUUUUACAAAUGCAUGGUGUUGGCUUGAUUUCAUCAUUGUCAUGCUAUCACUGAUCAACAUGGGGGCAAUAUGGAUUGGUCUUGCGGACAUACCAGCAUUUCGUUCAAUGAGAACAUUGAGGGCAUUGAGACCCUUGAGAGCUGUUUCACGAUGGGAGGGCAUGAGAGUCGUGGUGAAUGCAUUGGUCCAGGCAAUUCCAUCCAUCUUCAAUGUGUUACUGGUGUGUUUGAUAUUCUGGCUGAUAUUUGCCAUAAUGGGAGUUCAAUUAUUUGCUGGAAAAUACUACAAGUGUGUUGAUGUAAAUAAAACAACAAUUAGCCAUGAAAUAAUACCAGAUAAAAAUGCUUGUAUAGCUGAAAAUUAUACAUGGGAAAAUUCAAGAAUGAAUUUUGAUCAUGUUGGUAAAGCAUAUCUAUGUUUAUUUCAAGUUGCAACAUUCAAAGGUUGGAUACAAAUAAUGAAUGAUGCCAUUGAUUCACGUGAUAUGAAUAAACAACCAAUACGUGAAACAAAUAUUUACAUGUAUUUAUACUUUGUAUUUUUCAUAAUAUUUGGUUCAUUUUUUACUCUUAAUUUAUUUAUUGGAGUAAUUAUUGAUAAUUUUAAUGAACAAAAGAAAAAAGCUGGUGGUUCACUUGAAAUGUUUAUGACUGAAGAUCAAAAAAAAUAUUACAAUGCUAUGAAAAAAAUGGGAAGUAAAAAACCACUUAAAGCUAUACCUCGUCCAAGGUGGAGACCUCAAGCAAUUGUGUUUGAAAUAGUGACAGAUAAAAAGUUCGAUAUGAUAAUUAUGUUGUUUAUUGGUCUUAAUAUGUUAACAAUGACACUUGAUCAUUAUCAACAAUCACAAACAUUUAGUGAUGUACUUGAUUAUCUUAAUAUGAUAUUCAUUGUGAUAUUCAGCAGUGAAUGUUUAAUGAAAAUAUUUGCAUUACGUUAUCAUUACUUCAAGGAGCCAUGGAAUCUAUUCGAUUUUGUUGUUGUUAUAUUAUCGAUAUUAGGUCUUGUGCUGAGUGACAUUAUUGAAAAAUAUUUUGUCUCACCUACACUACUUCGUGUUGUGCGAGUUGCAAAAGUUGGUCGUGUAUUACGUCUAGUUAAAGGUGCAAAGGGCAUAAGAACAUUAUUAUUUGCUCUUGCAAUGUCACUGCCAGCUCUAUUCAACAUAUGCCUAUUGCUGUUUCUUGUUAUGUUUAUUUUUGCAAUAUUUGGAAUGUCAUUUUUCAUGCAUGUCAAGGAUAAAAGUGGUCUAGAUGAUGUUUAUAAUUUUCAAACAUUUCCACAAUCAAUGAUUUUAUUAUUUAUGAUGUCAACAUCAGCUGGUUGGGAUGGUGUACUUGAUGGUAUAAUUAAUGAAGAAGAUUGUCAAGCACCAAAUAAUGAAAUUGGCUAUCCUGGAAAUUGUGGAAAUUCAACAAUUGGAAUAGCAUUUUUAUUAUCAUAUCUUGUGAUAAGUUUUCUUAUUGUUAUAAACAUGUAUAUUGCUGUUAUAUUAGAAAAUUAUUCACAAGCAACUGAAGAUGUACAAGAAGGUCUAACUGAUGAUGAUUAUGAUAUGUAUUAUGAAAUAUGGCAACAAUUUGAUCCAGAUGGUACUCAAUAUAUACGGUAUGACCAGCUCUCCGAGUUUUUGGAUGUUCUUGAACCACCAUUACAAAUUCAUAAACCAAAUAAAUAUAAGAUCGUGUCGAUGGAUAUCCCCAUAUGUAAGGGUGACCUUAUGUUUUGCGUGGAUAUCCUCGAUGCCCUCACAAAAGACUUUUUCGCAAGAAAAGGUAAUCCAAUUGAAGAAACUGGAGAGCUGGCCGAAGUUGCGCCUAGACCUGGUGAGGCUGGCUAUGAGCCAGUUUCAUCUACACUAUGGCGUCAGCGUGAGGAAUACUGUGCAAGAUUGAUACAAAAUGCCUGGCGUAAACAUAAAAAACAAAGAUUAGGUGGACCAAGUGAAGAAAGUGAUGAUCCAGAUAUGGAUCCAAGAGUUAGACAAACAGCUGUACUUGUUGAAAGUGAUGGUUUUAUAACUAAAAAUGGACAUCGUGUUGUUAUACAUAGUCGUUCACCAAGUGUUACAUCACGUACAGCAGAUGUCUGAUCAAAACUUGAUGCUCCAACGACGUAUUUAAAUAAAUAAAUUAAAUUUUUAAAUACAAUAUUAUAAACAAUAAUAUUUUGCAGCCAUAUUUAUCUAUUUAAUUAUUUAUUUCAUUUACAUUUAUUCGUUAAACAUUAUCAUCAUCAAUUAUGUUAAUCAACUGUGAGUUGUGAAUUGUUUUAUUUUUUUUUUUUUAUUUUUUUCGUUUAUAAAAAUGGACUGCAUUUAAAUAUUAAAACAAUGUCGUUCGGAGACACUUGGAUAAAUGAAAAAUAUUCAUAAAUAAUUAUUAAAAAUAAAAAAAAGAGACACUUUGAGGAUUCGUCCAUUAAAAAUACUAAAUUAAAUUAUUAUAAUUGAGGCUUGCCUUCGACAGUGCGGUUUCAGUUAUUAUUUAUCCAUAAAUCAUGGAUUUGUCCUUAAUAAUAAUUAAUUACCAUAAAUCUUCCCCUUUUCCCUCGGAGAAACUGUUUAAAUAUUUUUAAAAAUAUCGCUUGCUUUUAAAUUUCGAAAUAUCCCACUCAUUUUAAUAUAUCGAAAUUAUAUUACUAUCAUAUUGCGUUUAUAACGCUACAAAGAAAAAAAAAAAAAAAGACUCGAAAUUAUUAUUUUUUUUUAUUCUUAAUUUUUUUUAAAAAAUAAUUAAUUUAAUUUUUUUUUUUUUUUUUUCCUUUUUCUUUUCGGAAACUUGGCCGACGAAUUCACUUCCCCUCAAUUAUGAAUUCGUUAACCAAUUGAACGAUUAAGAGAAAUAGAAAAAAAAAAAAAAAAUUAAAUAUAAAAUAUAUAAUUAUGUGAACGCGUGGGUGUUUGAAGAAAAAUAUUAAAAAAUUUUAAAAAAAAUACGCGAUAAAUGCAGUGUGAUUAAAAUUAAAAUCAUCGAUAAUUAAUUUUGUUAAACGUGAAUAAAUUAUAUAUAAUUUUUAUCUAUUAUUAAAUCAACUUAUUGACGAGGCACAAAAUAAUUUAAAAAAAAGAAAUAUUAAUUAAUUGAUUAAAUAAUAACACCAUCACUAAAUUCACCAGCAUUGUCAUCUUGGCUGACUAUUUUUCAUCUGAUAAAUAAUUAAAAAAAUAAAUAAUAUAUAUAUAUAAAUAAUAAAGCUAUGAUGAUGCCUUGUUCUCUGUCAAAUGUUUUUUAUUUUUACUUAAAAUAUUAAUUAUUAUUAUUAAUAAAAUUAUCAUUAUUAUUAUUAAUCAUAAAUUUAUAAAACGAAAUGUACAGAUAAUGUUUUGCAAUAAAUUAUCAGGCUCGCACAAAUAAAAAAUGCCCACGAUGUAUAGAAUUGUUGAAAAAAUAAUAAUUAAAAAAGAAAAAAAAAAAAAAAAAUCAGUAAAUUGUUUUUCUAUUGUUUUUUUUUUUUUUUUUAUUUAUUAUUUUAAAUAUCAUUGUAACAUAAUUAUAUAACACCCAAUCAUUUCCAAUUACACAUUACACAUACACUAUUAAUCAUAAGUAUAAUAAUUAUGCUAAAUUAUUAUUAUUAUUAUUACAUUGUAGUUUUUUCUAACAGUGUGAAUGACAGAUCGCAUCAGAAGCAAUAUUGCAAAAAAAUAUAUAGAAAAAUACACAGUGAAAUGUUUAAUAAAAUGCACCGCACAUUGAAAUAGAAAAAAAAAAUAGAAAAUAAAAAUACGUACACACAGCCAGUCAUUAAAUAAAAAAAAAAAAAUGAUAUUAAUUUAUUUUAAUAAACGAAAAAUAUAUAACGAAUCGAAAUAAUUUCGUUUGUGUUUAGGAAAAAAGUUUCGAAAUAAAAAUACAAUAUUGGUAAGAGAGAAGAAAUAAAAAUAGAAAAAUAAUUUAAAUUGUAAGAUAGCUUGGCACAUUUGACAAAUAAUUUUAUGGCAUAAAGAAAAAAAUAAUUUCGAAAAAUAAUUUGUCUUUUUUUAAUGCACUUAUCGCAAUCACGCAUAUAUAAUUUACAAAUUUUUUUCUUACACAAAAUUGUAAUAUAAUUUUAUUAAUUUGUAAAAAUAAAAAAAUUUACAUAAUAUAUAUAUAAAAAAAAACAAGUCAAAUAAUUUAAAAGCGAUAAAAUUAUUUCUGCCUUUAAUUAUGUAAAAUAAUAGUAAUAAUAAUAUCUAAUAAAAAAUUGUAAUAGUCGGACUUUCUCACUGUUGAUUCGAUAAAUUCUCAAUAAUAAAAAAAAUAACAAUAAUUAAAAAGAAAAAAAAAUUAAUGCCUAUAUUGAUAAAAUAAAAUAAUGACAAAUAUUUAGUUUGUUAAUUAUUAAAAUAUAAAUAUAAAUAAUUUUUAAAAAAUGCCAUGAAAUAAUAAAAGGCACUUGUGAAGGACAAUGAGAUCCGUAUCGACAAUUGAGAAUGUCCGUACUAAUUAAUUCAACACGCUCGCUAUUUUUCUAUGUUAUUAUUAUUAUUAUCUGUAAUUUACAUAAAAUAAUAAUAAUAAUAAUUAAUAAUAGUAAUAAAUAAUUAAAUUAACGAAUAAAUAAAAAGGUGCUCUCGUCAUUGGCGCGGUGCGCUUUAAUAAACAAUUAGAUGUGUAUUAAAUUAAUUUUAUUUAUUAUGCCCAUGUUUAAAUAAUAAUAAUAAAUUAAUUAAUUUAAUAAUAAACAAUGCCUCAUAGACAUGUAAAUUUAAAUCAAUUUUUAUUCUUUCUUUCGCUUAUUUUUAUUUAUUAAAUUAUCGCGAAUAAUAUGGAAAAAGUAAUUUAAUUUUUUUUGGUGUUUUUUUUUUGGAAUGUGCGCGUAAAUGAAUAAAUUAGAUAGUUAAAAUAAAUGUUCGAGCAGCGAGUAGCUAAUGAAUAUAUAAUUUAAAAAUAAAAAAAAUUGAAAAUAUAAGCAAUGCGCUUUAACUUGCCAGUAACAAGACAUUCAAAUGUAAUAAUAUUAAAUUUGAAUAAUUUAAAAAAAAUUUAAAAAACAAAUGUUCAUUAAUUUAAGCUUAGGAGCUCAAAAAAUAUGACUUAAAAAAAUAAUAAAUUAUUGUAAAUUAUUAAUCAGACAUUGAGUGAAAAAAAAACAUAUACUUUUGUCAAAUUCAUUUCACAAAACAAUUUACAAUUGUACAUUACAUUAUGAAUUUGCAAUAAAAAAAAAAAAAACUCACCAACAUUAAUCAAAAAUAAAAAAAAAUAAAAAAAAAAAGAUCUUUUUUAAAAUUAUUAUUUUAAAUUUUAAAUUCACAAAAUUAUCCUGUCAUUAAUGCCUUCAUUGCAACUUGAAAAAAAAUAAUUAUAAUUAAUAAAUUGAAAAUUUUUUUUAAUUCGAAAAAUUAUUUCACAAUUAAAACAAGUCAUUUUGACUUUUAUUUUUCGAUAAUUAAUUCAUUUAAUACUCCAAUCGCGUAGUCGAUCAAUAGAAGCAAUAUUAAUUAACAUUUUCAUGUCGAUAAAAAAUAAUUAAAUAAAUUAAAUACACUCAAUACAACACAGUCAUGUCAAAAAAAAAAAAAAGUAUAAAUUUUUAACGAGUAUUUUCAUAAAAUCAAAUUUUUAAAAACUUUUCUCCACAAAAUUCUGUAGGAAAAUACUCAAAUACUCAAACGAAAAAUACACAAUCAUAAAUUUAAUAAACAAUAAAUAUCACUACCAAAAUAAUAAUAAUAAUAAUAAUAAAUAAAUAAAUAAUAAUAAUAAUGAUAAUAUUAAAUCCACGUCAUUUUCACAUUUAAUUAUUCCUAGAUGAGUAUAUUGUAUAUAUGAUCGAAAUGAAAAAAAAAAAAAUUAAAUAAAUAAAUAAAUAUGUGAUUAACAGUUGGCUUUAAGAGUGUAAAUUUUCAAAAAUUUAAAAAUGAUAAUAAUGGGGGAUGUAGAGACGUGAAAAAAUAUUAAAGUUGCUUUAGAGAAAAAAAAAACUUCCCCGUAGAAAAUUUGAUAUCAGAAUGAGAUUUGAAAUAAAAAAAGUGUUUUAAUAUUUUUCCUCGAUCUCUGAUUGAUGAAAUAAAUAAAAUAAUGUAUAGAAAAGUAAAAAAAAAGAAUUAAAUUAUUAAAAAUGGAUUUAUUAAAUGCUUUGAAAUAUAAUGCAAUUAAAAUUUUGAUUAAAUCGGUAGUAACGAAAAUGGGGAGAGUAUGUGAAAACAAAAAAAAAAAAAAUUAGAAUUCAAUAGUUAAUCAUUAAUUGUUUUUUUUAUUUUUUUUGGUUAAUUAAUAAAUAAAAAAUUAAUAUGAUUUUUUUAUUAUUUGUAUAUUAUUUAUUAAUAAAUUCAUUUCUAAAUUUAAUAAAAAGUUGGAGAUAAAAAUGAAAUUUAAAAAUGAAAAUUAAAUAAACAAAUAAAACGUACUUUCUCCGUGAACGAUACUGCCGUUAAUUAUAAGUUUAAAACAAUUAAUAAAUAAAUUGUUAUUAACAUUCAGAUAAAUUAAAUAUAACUCCAAUAAUCUUUUUUAUUUUCAAUCUCAUGUGAGAAUUAAAAUUUUAGAACAAAAAAUUAUGUCAAAUUGCUAAAAUAUAAAUUAAAUUUAGAAAGAGUAAUUAAAGUGAAUAAUUAACAAGCAACUGCCAAGGGUCAGUAAAAAAAAAUAAAAUAAUAAAUUUAACAUACGGAAAUUAAAAAAAUAAUAUUUAAAUCGCUAAAAAUUAAUUAAUAAUAUCAUAAUUAUAAAGAAAAGAUAAUGUCCAUUGUUUAUAAAAAAAAAAAAUCAGUUAAAUUUUAAAAAAUUAAAUUAAAUAAAAAAUAUAAUCUUGUAUAAAUGACGUAACUAUGUUUUUCUCCCACGAAAAGAAAUUUAUUCAUAAAAAAAAAAAAUGAAACGCAUAACUAAAUACGAGUUAUUUGCACAAUAUUAUAAAUAAAUAAACUACAAUUUAAAGCAUAAAUUUCAA